CGAAAUACUUGUUAUUAAUAACCAUAAACAUUAUUAAGAUAAUUUUCAAUCGUAUUCAAGAUAUCGGAUCUUACUUUAAAAUGUACUGAAAAAGUUAGAAUUAUUUCAUUGUUGUAGCUGUGCUCUUGUUUCAUACGAUUUAUAGAAAGUUUCGAUAUCAACCAUUUCAUCAUUGUGUCGAGAAAAAAAACAGUACCGAUAUAUGCAUACUUAUCGUGCGCAAACGCAGAGGCCCGCGCUUAUAAAAUUCACAGAUCAACUUGAUGGUCACUUAGUUUUCUGUAUUUUUCGUUGGAGUAUUUCGAUCGUUGGCUAUUAGGAAAAAAAAUGCUGGCCACUCAGGACACUGCAUUUCGAACUCGUUCAUUGGGUGCAGCAGCUGAAGGAAUAAAAGACCAAUACGCUGAUGGAAUAGCCGCCAAAGUAUGGGAAGUUUUUAUUGGCGAUCGCAAGCAACGCAAACAGAAUUACAAAGAUUUCCUUGUUGGACUACUUCGCCAAAAAAAAUGCAAACGUGUGUUGGAUGUCGCUUGUGGUACUGGAGUCGAUUCGAUGAUGUUACUCGAGGAAGGUUUUCAAGUUGUCAGUAUUGAUGCGUCGGAUAAAAUGUUGAAAUAUGCUUUGAAAACCAGAUGGGAGAGACGCAAAGAAAAAACAUUCGAUGAGUGGGUUAUUGAAGAAGCCAAUUGGUUGACGUUGUCGGAUGAUAUAAGUCAUUUGAUCGGUGACGGAUUUGACGCUGUAAUAUGUCUUGGCAACAGUUUUGCUCACAUGUUAGAUUCUUACGGAGACCAGCGAGAACAGAGACAAGCGCUUUCACAUUUUGAACGCUGUGUCAAACCUGGUGGUCUCCUGUUGAUUGACCAUAGAAAUUAUGAUUAUAUGAUUGCGAAAGGAAAAUGCCCUACGCAGUGUAUAUAUUACAACAGUAAGCAUCUACAAUCCAUCGACAGUUGCGUGUUGUACACAAACGGUACUCCGUCAUUGGUGACUCUCGAGUAUCGGAUAAAAAUGAACGGUCUUGCAAAUGGAUUAUGCAAUGACGAAGAGCACGUGAGCGAAUUUCGAUUGUCUUACUACCCUCACAAACUCAAUGAUUUCACUCGUAUAGUUGAUGAAGCUUUCCAUGGAAAAGCUAAACACACGAUUUACGCUGAUUUCAAACCACUCGAUGAAGCUGAAGAUCCAGGAUUUUACAUUCAUGUGAUGGAAAAAUCGAAAUGAUUCUGUGCAUGGUUGAUUGAUCAAUAUCUGCUAUGUAUCUGCAAAUUUCAUACGAGUUUGAAUUAAGUAUUUAAAGAAUUUAUUUAGCUUCUUCUCAACUUUGAUAUAACAAUAACGUGUAAUUUUUAUGUAAAUAUAUAGUGCUUUAAAUACGAAUUCUUUAAAAUUGAUCGAAUGAUUUACUAUUACCACGUAUUGGUAGCAGUCUACCUCUUUAGUUGUAUGGUGAAUGUUAUGUAAUUUUUAGUAUUAGAAUAAAUAAGAAUUUUCA